GGGCGGACCGUGACAGUUCCAGAACAAACGCCGAGCACACGACACGUCGCCUCUGGYGCUAUCACGAUACCAAGAAGGAAAGAGUACUUAUACGGCAACUAGAAGAGACUAAAAUAUUUACGAGAAAAAUACGAAAUAAAUAAAAUAGCCAACAAGUGAACCAUGAACUUAUCGACUGCCAUAAACGUGGCUUUCAUGGUGAUAGUGGCCGCAUGCCUAACUUGGCCUGCCACGGCCCAGGUGUACAACAUGAACCGGUAUGGCAAACAACAGUUGACCCAAAAACAGUAUCGAUACGGAAACCCGACAUGGGCAAAUGGAGCUAACCGGGCCGGUAGUUGGGCGUCAUCGCCAUACGGCAACAUGAUGAGACAUUAUCCGGUGUCGAUGGCUCGAUACGGAGCGAUAAUGGGCGGCGGGAGACAAACACUGUCGCCGGACGACUAUUAUGAUAGUGAAGCUAGAGGAUCAGUCACGUACGACCCCAGUCCCAGACGGUACGACCGGUUAGACUACGCUGUAGUCAGGUAUCCGAGUUACGGUGUUGGUUAUGGUGGUUACGGUGGUUACAGUUAUUAUCCGGUGACCAGUCUAUCUUCAUCGGGUGGCGGCGGCGGUGUUGUUUUUGACGACGAUCUGUUGUAUGACGACGAUGACGAUGACCGUGAUCGCGACCGCGAUGAUGACAAUGACGACGAUGUGUUGUUUGGGGAUCGAACCAGUCAAAUGGUUGCGGCAAGGUAUCCUAUGACGGACAAGAUACACAAUUUCCGGAAGGUGUUCAUGUCGAACCUAGUGUCUCCAUCAAACGCGUUCAAAUCACCCAAAGAACGGCAGCUAUACGACUUUUGGGAAUCCUUAAUCAAUGGCGAUUUGGAUGAAAUGCAGCAAACGGAUGAUACUAUUGGACAACAGCAUCUAGACCGAGAUCGGCAACAGAAUCAGUCACCACUUGACUUCGGAUCCUCCWCUUCGUUGCUCUAUCAACACCUGCCACCAAUAUUUCUCAAGCUGCAGCAACAGCAGAAACAGAAGCUACAAAACCAACAGCACCURUUGAAGCAGCACUACAAGUCGGUUGAUGAGCAGACACCGCCACCGCCACUGGUUCCGGCUUCGUCAUCAUACUUGCCGUCGUCGUCACCACUGCAGACCGUAUCACGUGGUAAUUUCUACAAACAGUGGGCGAACGGAUCGCCAUUAAUCAAGAGGUCUUCGGAUGGUGGAGUUCAGCAGACCAUAUUAUCACCGUCAUCAUCAUCAUCUUUGGACAACGAUGACGUUCGGCAGUUGCGAGAGCUAAAAUCUAACAACGGUACCACCAAUGCGACAACAAUGACUACGUCGACGACUACAACCACUUCCACAGUCAACGGAAUGAGUACCGCGGCAGCGCCAUCGCUACCUAUGGCGGACGGAGGACAGAGAGAGUUCGUGCUGCCCAGACCGGCGGGCGAGAAGUCAGAUUUAGAGAAUCUGUUGGAAGUGAUCGCCGAAGGUGGUCUUCGUGGAAAUUAUGGCCAUAACAGCAAUUUUUCCAAAGAUGCCAAAGUGAAUAAGAAAAGAUCAUUCGUUUCCGAUGAGACAUCAUUAGCAGCUCAACUUGGUGCACUUCGAAAAAAUUAAGAAGACCUUUCUAUAUUGUAUGAAGAAUUAAAUGUGUUAASUUCAUCAAAGCGGAGAAUACUAAAAUCUAUAUGAAAAUAGUAGUGUAAAUAAUAAAUUUUAAUUAAUCGAUACGUUCGCUUACGUGUAAAGUCAAUUUCCUAGCCAUUCUUCUUUUUUUAUUUAUAUUUUUAAAAGCAUGUGUGCACUUUUUUAUUUUAUUCUCCUUUCCUGUUGAAAUACAUUUAUUGUUGGAUAGCACAACAUAUUGUUUGGUUUAAUAACAUAAUUUCAAUAAGAAGCGAAGACUGAAUGAAACGUUUCAUUACAACUAUUUUACAUGCAUUUAUAGUGUCUAUAAAAAAUACAAUUCAAACAAUCACUUGUAAGUUUAAAAGUUGGUUUUUUGUAUUUAAGUAUUAAUUUUACUCUAAAUAUUAUUAAUUAAAUUGCUAUUUAUAUAUUUAACCCUAUUGAUAUUUUUUAUUAUCUUACUACUUAAAAUUUUGUAUGCUGUCCAUUCUUGCACUUUUAU